GGUGGGUGGAGCUCUGGAGGAGGGACAAGCGGUCACACCAACACCUUGGAGUUGGGCUGGGUCUGCCUGGAGCCCCAGAGAUGUUCCCCAGCCUGUUCUUCCCAAGAACCAAUGAGCAAAAUUAGGGGCCUUCCUCCUGAGGUCAAGGAACCAUGCUCUGGAGUGGAACUUGGGGUGGAAAACGGCCUUCUUUGUCAACUGAUUCAUUCUGCAGAAUUCAACUUGUUCUCCAACUCAGUGGUGUUUGAAAGCAACUUUAUCCAGGUCCAUGCACUGGGGGCUGAUUUCCAGGUCACCAAGUCCGGAAGAUGGAUGAAUCUUGGUGAAGACUCUAACACUGUGAUCCUCGGGGUGACCUCCUCAGUGCCCUCCUUGCCACUCCCCAAUGUCCUCCUGAUGGCCAAUGUCACCUGGCCCCAGGGUCAGCUUUCCACCUGCAGCACCCCCGGGCUUGCCCCUGUCGUCACCCUUAGCAGGAUUCUGCCCCUGAGAUAUGUGGAGCUACAAAUCUACGACCGGCCCCAACGCAUCCUCCAGGUGAGGACGGUGACUGAAAAGAUCUACUACCUGAGGCUCCAUGAAAAACACCCAGAAGCCGUAUUUCAGUUCUGGACCCGCUUGGUGAGGAUUCUAUGGAAAGGGCUCUCCAUCACCACCAAAGACCCAAGAAUCCGCAUCACUCACUGCCUGGUGCCCAAGCUGCCCAGAUUCUCCACCAAAACAACUCCUGAGAGCAGCCUCCCUGGGUCUUCCCAACCCAGCGAGACCCUCCUGCUGCUGGCAGCCGAGCAGACCAAUAGCAGUUUCUCAGAACUCUCUGGAAGGACUCAGCUUACAGCCAACAGAAGCACUGAUACUGCCAUCAAAAUAGACAGUUCCAGCAGCUGCAAGACACCUUUGCCAGUGGUAUCACAGGUCAAUGUGAACAUACCCAUGAGAGCCACCUUGAGCCACAGCCUGUGGGAACAAGAUGACCCAAAUGAGCACCUCUUGCAGGCUCCUGUAGCCAGUUCCCUAGGGGAGAACUUCCUGGGACCCUAACAUCUAGUCAGCUUGAGUGAUCAUCCCUGGCUUCUGUGCCCUUGCUACAUCUCCUUUAAUGCUGUUCCCACAGUGGCCACAGGGGAGGUAAGAUGGUGUUUACAACAAGUGCUUCUGUACUACCACCAAUAAACCUCCAAGUGCAUCCCUGACUGCUGUGUGUUCCAGAG